AUGUCGCUGGCGCUCUCCUUCUUGCCGUCCUUCGGUAGCAGAGUCCGUCACGACGGCUGGCUGCAGAUGUCUUUGUGUUUGACUACAAGCCAUGCUUGGCUUCCGUCCCAGAGGGAGACCUUCAAGACUGGAUCAUUUGCUCAGAGUCUGGCGUACUCUGCCGGUGGCUCAGCUGCAUGGGGACGGGAGAAAGGGAAUCUGGGAGGAGCUAGAGAUCGCAGAGACGACUGGUCCAAUUUCUGGAAUGACACUGAACACGACCGCUACGCCGAGCUUGACAUUAAUGUCACGCAUCCCAUCAAAUUGACCCGCAUUGCCAUCCGCGCACUUCUGCGCAAGAACAAAAAAGGCGUUGUUGUGGUUGUAGCUUCAAUCGCUGGGUAA